AGCAGCGCCUUCUUGCCGCUCGCGCGACCUGCCGCGCCGCUCGCGUGACACCACAACGGGCGUAACGCACGCGCCAUCCGGCCAAUUUACAUACAUAACACCGCCCAGAGGACGAGCAUGAUAAUCCACCAUCGACUGAAACCGAGCUGAGCGCUGAAGAGAAGAAAAUAGACUAUUUAAAAAGUUUUCUCGGGAGAGAGAGGGCUGUUUUAAACCGAGAGAAGGGAGAGAGUCGACGGAGACGGACGCGCGCUCGUCGGGCUCUUCGCCCCACUUCUGUUUUUGGGUUUACGGACAUGGACGCUUUGAAAUCCGCCGGGAGGGCAAUUAUACGGAGCCCCAGUAUCGCGACGCAGUCCUGGGGUUCGGGCAAACAUAAAAAGCUUCCAGAGAACUGGACAGACACUAGGGAGACCCUGCUGGAGGGCAUGGUGUUUCACCUCAAGUACCUUGGGGUCACGAUGGUCGAGCAGCCCAAAGGCGAGGAGCUGUCUGCAGCAGCUGUCAAGAGGAUAGUGGCCACGUCCAAAGCCAGCGGGAAAAAGCCGCAGAAAGUGACGCUAUCAGUGUCCCCGCGUGGAAUCAUCCUUUUCGACAGUGCCUCAAACCAGAUGAUGGAAAAUAUCUCCAUAUACAGAAUAUCGUAUUGUACUGCGGACAAAAUGCACGACAAAGUGUUUGCCUACAUCGCCCAGAGCCAACACAACGAGACGCUGGAGUGUCACGCCUUCCUCUGCUCAAAGAGAAAAAUGGCCCAGGCGGUGACCCUGACUGUGGCGCAGGCGUUCAGAGUGGCGUUUGAGUUCUGGCAGGCUAACAAAGAGGAGAAAGAGAAGCGAGUAAAGACGGGUUCGGACGGGGAAGGAGCCAGCAACCCUCAGUCAGACAGCUCGGCCAGUCUGGGCAGUCUGGAGGGAGGAGACGUCGCCACAGGGAACCUUUUGGAUUUGGCAGAGGGAGCCAAUGGCGCACAGGCCCGCUCAGGAGCACAGCAGACAGAAGCGGAUCCCUUUGUGGUUAAUAAUCACCCGGCAGAGAACAACAACAUCAUAUGGGAACUGGAGGACGGUCUGGACGAGGCUUUCUCAAGCCGCAGUCUGGAUAGUUUUGAAUCCUACUCAGACUCGCUGAGUCUCGCACUAACCCCCAGGUCCUGGACAUUGGGGUAACCCCUCAGGACUUCAACAGCGAAGAGUGCCUGUCCCCCCCGGUCAAAUGGGACCAAGACGAGAAAGACUUGACUGCACAAAGCGACCCUUUUGGGCUGUAACAUGACACCUCUGCCAAGGGGGAAAUGGUGGUGAAGGAGGGGAAAGGGGGGAGGACAAAGGUCUCCCACGUCCUCCCAGCUGAUGCCACGUCGCCUCACGGUCGCAGUCCUAGUGGACGUCAUCGACAGACGGAGGAGACGAGCGCACGGCUCACAGAACAGGCCAAAGCAAUAAAAACUUUUAUUUUUUCCUACA